CCUCUUUCGAAAAUGUCGUUUGUUCUUGAUGCUUGAGCUUGCUAUCAAGUGAUCUCAAGCCAGUAAGACAUGGACUCGAACACGCUUCACGCAGCCGAGAUCCGGAAGCUGCACAAUUACAAGGAACUGAAGCAAGCCCACGUCAGCAAUUUAACCGGAGGAUCAAUAUGGGAGGUUAACGAAGUUACGUUGGUUUUACCCGUCGCCGUUUUCACAUGGUCCGUCUUGCAGGCAAAGUUAAACUUCUUUUCGCCAUAUACUGCUGCCGCCGCCUUCACGGACUUCGCCAUCAACUGUGCGGCAAUAUUGUUCUCCAUCACCGUCUAUGCUAACGAGCCCCUUCUUUUGUGUGCAUUCCUGCUCUCACCAGCUGUUUUGAUCUAUCUGACAUCUAAGGGCAAGCCCGGAGCCAAAAUCAACACGAUAGCGACGAAGCCGUCGCAGUCCGCCGAAGGCAAUGCAUCAGAAUCCAAAGUUGAAUCUUUCCCGAUAAAACCCUUUGUAAGCAUGUACAGAGGCCAUAUGAUGAUCAUCACCUGUGCUGCCAUUCUGGCUGUAGAUUUCAAUAUCUUCCCGCGGCGUUUUGCGAAGGUAGAGAGCUGGGGAACGUCGUUGAUGGACAUGGGUGUUGGCUCCUUUGUCUUCUCUGCGGGACUCGUGUCUCCACGUUCCAUCCUCAAAGCUCAACGCACUGGCAAGACGUCGCCCCUGUUGGUGCGAUUGAAGGACUCGAUUCGCCAUGCAUUUCCUUUGCUCGUUCUUGGACUCGUCCGCUUAUAUAGUGUAAAGGGGGUCGACUAUGCCGAACACGUCAGCGAGUACGGGGUUCAUUGGAAUUUUUUCUUUACGCUGGGCUUCAUACCCCCUUUCAUGGCUCUGUGUCAUACAGCAUACGCAUUUGUGCCAUCGUUUGCCCUUCUCGGGCUGCUCAUCAGCGUCGCGCAUGAGCUCGUCUUGGAUUUCACGAACCUCAAGGUCUUCAUCUUCUCGGCGCCUCGCGUGGACCUGAUCUCUCAAAACAGGGAAGGCAUCUUCUCGCUCUUCGGUUAUCUCGCAAUCUUUCUCGCCGGCCAAGAUGCGGGCAUGUACGUGCUCGCCCGAGAGCACGCCAUCCCACUGGGAAGCAGCCUUCGAAGCAGGAGCGGCCUUCUGCAACUUCAAAAGACGAUCAUCGGAAGGUUGAUCACGUGGACAAUCGUCUGGACUGCACUUUUAACACUCUGCCUCUCUUACCAAGGCUUCAACUUGCGCGUUUCGCGCCGUUUGGCGAACCUGCCGUAUUUCCUCUGGGUAGCCGCGUUCAAUUGCGGUCACCUGGCUCUCUGCGCUAUUUCCGAGGCGAUUUGCUUUCCAAAUCUCUAUAGCGAGCGCGACAUUCAAGCUGAGCGGAAGCGAUGCCUGUCCGCCACCAGCCGUUUGCUGCACGCGGUCAACCGCAACGGGCUGCCAAUCUUUUUGCUCGCGAACCUUCUGACAGGCGCCGUCAACCUGACAAUGCCUACCCUUGACAUGAAAGGAACGGAGACCAUGGCUGUUCUAUUAGUCUACAUGGCCACAAUAUGUGGAGUCGCGCUGUUCCUAGAUGCGAAAGACAUAUCUAUAAAGUUUUAG